AUCCUCAGGAACGUCUCCAGCCUGGUUGCCACGCGGGAGGAUUACAGGCAGGUGCUCCGGGACCACAACUGCCUGCAGACGCUGCUGCAGCACCUGCGCUCGCACAGCCUGACCAUCGUCAGCAACGCCUGCGGCACCCUCUGGAACCUGUCAGCCCGCAGCCCCCGCGACCAGGAGCUGCUCUGGGACCUGGGGGCGGUCAGCAUGCUGCGCAACCUCAUCCACUCCAAGCACAAGAUGAUCGCCAUGGGCAGCGCGGCCGCGCUCCGCAACCUCCUCACCAACCGGCCCCCCAAGUACAAGGACACGGCCGUCGUCUCGCCGGGCUCCUGCAUGCCCUCCCUCUACAUGCGCAAGCAGAAGGCGCUGGAGGCUGAGCUGGAUGCCAAGCACUUGGCUGAGACCUUUGACACCAUGGAGAAGCAGAGUCUGAAGACCCAGAGUGCCAAGAAGCCAACGCGGCACAUGGAGAGCCUGGUGAAGGACUACGCCUCUGACUCCGGCUGCUUCGACGAUGAUGAGGUGCCCAAUGUCUCCCCGGGUGUGGAGCCAGCCAGUGCCUCCGUCCUCUCCAUGUUCCUCAACUCCUCCUUCCUCCAAGGGCAGGCGCUGCCCCGGGCGCUGGCGCAGAGGCGAUGCCCGGAGCCGGAGAAGGAUGGCAGCAGCAAGCCCACUGAGCCCAAGAAGCUGCCGCUGCCGGAGGACGACGUCUCGCUGGCUGCUGAGAAGUUGGCCAACAAGAUCUCCAGUACGGUGGCCAAGAUUGACAAGCUGGUGGAGGACAUCUCCACCAUGCACACCUCCUCAGAUGACAGCUUCAGCCUCAGCUCGGAGGACCACUGCCUGGACUGGCAGUAUGGCCCCGAGGAGGUGCACGAGGCGCGUGCCCAGUCCUGCUCGCCGUGUCGCCUCUCGGACGCUGGUGGCUUUGCCAAGAGGGAGAGCCUGAGCCCGGCUCACACCCCCGUGCUCAAGGGCAGGGACCCGGCCGAGCCGGAGAAGCCGGAGCAGCGAGACCUGCCCGAACGGGCCAAGAAGACGGUGACUUUCCCCAGCCCCAAGGCGCUGGAGAAGGAGCCUGAGUGGAAGAAGGAGGAGGGCAGCAAGCUCUCCUCUGAUCCCCAGGUCCGCACCAUCAAGCUCUCCCCGUCCUACCAGCACGUCCCCCUGCUUGAGAGCUUGGCCAAGAGCGGUGCAGCCACUGGUGCCGGCCACCACCCCUCGCUCCUGGGCAGAAAACAGGCCUGGCUGCCCCCAAAACUGCUGCAGACGGCCGAGACUCUCAGCAAGAUCCCGGAGAAGCUGCCGGCCCACCCACCGGCCACGGCGGAGCAGGAAUCGGUGCAGAAGUACUCGGUGGAGGACACCCCGAUCUGCUUUUCCCGGUGCAGCUCCCUCUCCUCCCUCUCCUCAGCUGACAACGUGCUGGACGGGCAGAGCCACAGUGAGAAUGACCUGGACAGUGACUCAUCCCUGGAGAUCCUGGAGAUGGAAGAAGGAGAUGGGGAAGAUGAGGAUGGGAGACAGGAGAAGGAGAAGGUGGCAGAUCUGGGUCCGACCACCCCGGUGGGUUUUUCCAUCCCCUUCCCGAAGCGUGACAAGGUCUUUCUGCGGGAGUCAUCACCAUCACGCCAGGAGGACCUCACACCCUCAAGCUCCUCAGAGAACUACAUCCAGGAGACGCCGCUGGUGAUGAGCCGCUGCAGCUCCGUCAGCUCCCUGGGCAGCUUCGAGAGCCCCUCCAUCGCCAGCUCCAUCCAGAGUGACCCUUGCAGCGAGAUGAUUAGUGGCACCAUCAGUCCCAGCGAGUUGCCCGACAGCCCUGGGCAGACCAUGCCACCCAGCCGCAGCAAGACACCCCUCUUUGAGCUGGGCUGCCAACCAGAGAAGGAGACCAGCCAGUUCAACAUCCAGUGGGAGAAUAACGUCAAGAAGUUCAUGGAGAUCACUGACUUCAAGGAACGCUUCCAGCUGCCCCAGGACUUGGACUCCAUGGUCUACUUCACAGUGGAGAAACCCAACGAGAACUUCUCCUGUGCCUCCAGCCUGAGUGCCCUGCCCCUCCACGAGCACUAUGUCCAGAAGGACGUGGAGCUCAAGCUGAUGCCCACGUUCCCGGAGAAGAACAGCCUGAAUUUCGCGGCUCACGAGAAGCGGGAGGAGCGGCGGGAGGAGCGGUACCUGGAGGGCCGGCGCCGGGUUGACCACCCCGAGCCCCCCUCUGAUGAUGACAUCGAGAUCCUGAAGGAAUGCAUCAGCUCUGCCAUGCCCUCCCGCUUCCGCAAGGUGAAGACCUCCCUGCUCUCCGGCCAGGUCCUGCACCCCCAGACGAAGAAGCCGGUGCACGUCCCUGUCUAUAUGCUGGUGCCAGCCCACACACACCCUGGUGUCCCCAAACACCUGCGUGCCACCACCCGCGACCUCUUCAAGGAUGACGACUCCUUCACCGACUCGGCUGACGGGACCCCCGUCAACUUCUCCAGCGCCGCCUCGCUGAGCGAUGAGACCCUGCGCUACCCGGCCACCGAGGAGGCUGAGCAUCCCCACAGCCUGGGGACGGGGAGCCCGGCGGGGGGCCUGCCC